CUGCCGGCAAUGGAGGACAAAUCGUCGCUGUUCGAGAGCAAACACUGCCUCUCGCUAAAAUGUGUCCUCUUCCUAUUCUACGGAGGCCUAGGAUGUAUCUAUCCCUUCCUUCAGUCGAACAUGACCCAGAAGGGUUUUGCGUACAAUGAGAUCUACUCGAUAUCGGUCAUAAUUCCGCUGACCGCCCUGCUCGGUCCGCUAGUCUUUGCGCUGCUCGUGGACAAAUGGGCCAUCGGGAACGCGUUUGCCUAUGGGAAGCGGUUGCGUGUCCUUACCGCUGUCACGAUCAUCGCGUCCAUGGUGCUGUACGUGCUGCUGAUGUUUGCAGUCAGCAGGACGCCCCCGCCGGAGAUGUGUCCACCGCAGGCCAGCUUUCUGUGCAAUCGCAAGGGAGCAUUCAUCGUGCAGGAGAAGUGUUCCGAAAGUGGCAUCUGCCACGAUUGGGCGGCAGGGAAGACGGGAACGCUGAGCUUGGAGAACUGCACAUACAGCUGCCAGAAGGAGAAUCAGUUCGAAAGCACGUGCUACUCGCGCCAUGCAAAAUCGGCCCAGAUGGCGGCAUGGUUGCGAGAGCAGGAAGACGCACAGGAAGAUGAUGAGGGUGCGGUGCUAGAUUUGGGCAGUGGCCAGGGUACGAUCGAGCGCGAUUCGGAUGGUGAUGGCAUACCGGACAAUCUCGAUACGGAUGAUGAUAACGAUGGUAUCCCGGAUGCCCGUGAUCCGGACUCGAGCAAUGAUCUCGAUGGUGAUGGUAUCCCGAACGAGCUGGACCCCGAUGACGAUAACGAUGGCGUCCCGGACGAGAAGGAUGAUGACGAUGAUAAUGAUGGCAUUCCGGAUGAUCAGGACGUGGACGAUGAUAAUGAUGGCAUUCCGGACACGCUGGAGGGUAAGGCCAAGUCGAACGAUCUGGACGGGGACGGCAUUCCGAACGAUCAGGAUCCGGACGAUGAUAAUGAUGGUGUACCGGAUACGGAGGAUGAUGAUGAUGAUAAUGAUGGCAUCCCGGAUGACAAAGAUCUGGAUGAUGACAAUGAUGGUGUGCCGGAUGCGCUGGAGGGAAAGGCCAAAACAAAUGACCUGGACGGCGAUGGCAUACCGGACGAUCAGGAUACGGAUGAUGAUAAUGAUGGCAUACCGGAUAAGGAGGACGAUGAUGAUGACAACGAUGGAAUACCUGAUGCAGAGGACGUGGAUGACGAUAAUGAUGGCAUCCCGGAUGUGCUAGAGAGUACACCGCGCACGAAUGAUCUCGAUGGCGAUGGCAUCCCGAACGAGCUGGACGACGACGAUGACAAUGACGGAAUUCCGGAUGCAGAGGACACGGACGAUGACAAUGACGGUAUUGCGGAUGAUCAGGACGUGGACGAUGACAACGAUGGCAUACCGGACGCGCUAGAGGGCAAGGCCAAGUUUAACGAUCUGGACGGGGACGGCAUCCCGAAUGAUUUGGACACGGACGAUGACAACGAUGGAAUCCCGGAUGCGGAGGAUCAGGACGAUGACAACGAUGGUAUCCCGGACGAUAAGGAUACCGAUGACGACAAUGACGGUGUGCCGGACGCUAAGGAUCGCUCCAACGCGAACGAUCUCGAUGGGGACGGUGUGCCGGAUGCGGAGGACGAUGAUGAUGAUAAUGACGGUAUCCCGGAUGCGCAAGACACGGACGAUGACAAUGACGGCAUCCCGGAUGCGGAUGAUCCGGACGAUGAUAACGAUGGCAUACCGGACGCGCUGGAGGGUCGACCCGUAACGCACGAUCUGGACGGUGACGGUAUACCGGACGAUGAGGAUCCGGACGAUGAUAAUGACGGCAUCCCGGACACGGAGGACGAUGAUGAUGAUAACGACGGUAUACCGGACUCGGAGGACGUGGACGACGAUAACGACGGCAUACUGGAUGUGCACGAUCCGGGUCAGCGUAGCAAGAACGAUCUGGACGGUGACGGGAUCCCGAACGAUGAGGAUCCGGACGAUGACAAUGAUGGCAUUCCGGACGAUCAGGACAGUGACGAUGAUAACGACGGCAUACCGGAUGCGGACGAUGACGACGAUGACAAUGACGGUGUGCCGGACAGUCAGGAGACGGUGAUCGUACCGACAGCCAUCGUGUGUGCGGACGCCGAUGAGGAGGAUGAGAUCUGUCACACGUACAGUGAGGGCAGCAUACAGGUGAAGGCCACGUUCGAUGCGCACAACGAGAGAGACGAAGGGGAUGAGUGUAGCUAUCCGUUGGAUGGUUUCCGAUGCCCACUGGAUAAGGCCUGGGUAAAGGCGCAGCAGGCAGGAUGUAAACCCGUCGUCCAGUGCGAUAUCGCUGACCCGUACGAAGACAGUGAGAGUCUGCUGUACGGUACCACUUGCGAUGGUGACGAGGACAACGAUGGUGAUGAUGACGAGGGUGAUUCGACCUUCUACUACUACCUCUCCAUCCGCUCGCUGCUGGACUUCUUCCUGCUCAGCGGACUGACGCUGCUGAACACGAUCAUCGUCAUCGUAACGCGCGAUCGCACCACGUCCGGUGUCGCUGACUUCGGUCGGCAACUUGUUUGGGGUGCCGUCGGUUGGAUCAUCUUCUUCAACGACGACUACGAGCAACCGUACAUGCUGUUCGUACUGCUGUACACCACGGCCGCCGUCAUCCUGCUCAGCCCGCUCAAGAUGGACCUUUCGCCGGCCGAAGAGUGGUGGCAGCUUCGUACCACGCCGCAGAAGUUUGUGUCGGUACCGGCGUGCCGGAAGUACCUCCAGCGCUGUUGGCUCCCGUUCCUGGUUGCGAUCGGUCUUGGAUCGCUCUGGAGCGUGAUCGAUUCGAUCGACGAAUCACACAUGAUCAACCUACCCGCUAGCGAUGCUGACGAGGGUGAUGACUCGAAACAACAGUCGACUGUGUUCCAGACCCUCGUCCGAACGGUGCUACUUGCCGGCGACCUGCUAGCCAUCCCGGUAUUGAUCUACUCCCGCCACAUCAUCGAGGUGUUUGGAACGUGCAAGAUUCUGGUCGGUGCGUUCCUGACCCUCGUCCUUCGCUUCAUCCUGUUGGCCAUUUUGGAUUACGCCCUGUGGGAUGUGGUUGAAGACUGGCUGCUGCCAACCACGCUGGGACUUACCUGGGUUACGCUGGUGCUGCACUUCCGCGAGCAACUGCCCCGCAAAGUGUCUGCCCUCGCGCAAGCACUGCCCGUGAUAGCACAUUUCGGAUUCGGACGCUUCUUCGGUGCACUGAUCGGCAUUGAGCAUCACUAUCAGCGGCUGGAGAAUGAUUACGAAAUUUUGGCCGGCGUACUGUUCGGUCUGACCAUCAUCAGCGUAGUGUUGUACCGCUACCGCGAGAUAGUGCUGACCUACCUGGGCCAAUACAUCCCAGCACUGAAGCCCGGCCAAGCGAACGGGGCCGCGUCGAAGACUAAGGGAGAAACGAACGUUUAA